UUUUUUUUUUAUUUUUUUUUAUUUAUUUUUGAAGGGUCGUGUUUCUAGUUUCUUUGUUUCAUUAUAUUGGAAACAGACAGAAAGUGGUUAUCUUAUCAUCAACCAAUUAUAUACUAACUAUUACGUAUUUAUAUUUAUUUACUUAUAGAGGGUGUUGGUAAAAGUACUAUUAUUACAUCAUUGAUCAAAGAAACCUUCAUACCCAAUGUACAACACAUGGUCCCUGAAGUUACUAUACCACCAGAAGUCACUCCAGAAAACGUUACAAUGCAUAUUAUGGAUUCUUCUGCUCGGCCAGAACACCGGGAACAACUAGAAGCUGAAAUACGAAAGGCGCACGUUAUUUGCAUUGUUUACGCUAUUGAUGAUCCAAAUACGUUCAAUCGACUUCCUCUUUAUUGGUUACCUUAUAUUCGAUCUCUUGGUGUCAAUGUACCAUCCAUUCUUGUUGGUAAUAAAAUCGAUUUACGUGGUGAUGAUGUUACAAAUCAAAGUUUAGAAGAUGAAGUAAUACCUAUUAUGAAUGAAUUCAAGGAAGUAGAAACUUGUGUGGAAUGCUCCUCAAAACAAUUAUUGAACGUAUCCGAAGUCUUCUAUUUUGCUCAAAAAGCCGUAUUACAUCCUACUGCACCUUUAUACGAUUCUAGGGAACAUGUACUAAAACCUCAGUGUGUAGAUGCCUUGCGACGUAUUUUCAAAUUGUGUGAUUCUGAUAAAGACAACGUGCUCAAUGAUAUUGAACUGAAUGAAUUCCAGCGAAAAUGUUUUAAUACACCUUUACAACAACAUGAAUUGGAUGGUGUAAAAGAUGUGGUGCGUGAACAUGAACCAGCUGGUGUCAAUGAAAAUGGAUUGACUGAAGUUGGAUUUGCCUUUUUACACUCUCUCUUUAUUCAAAAAGGUCGGUUGGAAACUACUUGGACUGUCUUACGCAAAUUUGGUUAUGGCGAUGAUUUAUCCUUACGAGAAGACUUUUUAUUACCACCUUUUGAAGUUCCUCCUGAAUGUUCUGUUGAACUUAGUCCUCAUGGUUACCAAUUUUUGACUGAACUUUUCCAAGCAUUUGACAAGGAUAAGGAUGGCGCUUUGAAUAUCUCCGAACUAAACGAACUUCUUAGUACAUCUCCAGGCAACCCAUGGGAAAACACUGCAUUUCCUCAUACGACAAUUACAACAGAAACUGGAUCAGUUACAUUACAAGGAUGGUUAGCUCAAUGGAGUAUGACUACAUUAUCGAAUCAUCAAACAGCACUAAAGUAUUUGGCUUACCUUGGAUAUGAAGGAGAUACACGAACAGCUCUCAAGGUGACAAGACCAAGAAAAGUGGAUCGUAAAAAGGGCAAGAUUCAACGCAAUGUAUUUCUUUGUUACGUCGUUGGUGCUCCUGGAUCUGGAAAGACAUCCUUGAUGAAAGCCUUUGUCCAAAAACCAUUUUCUGAAGUAUACGAACCAACACAAGAACCAUUCAAUGUUGUCAACUCUGUGGAAAUGAAAGGUGUGGAAAAAUAUCUAGUGUUGGAGGAAGUAGGGGCUCAACGUGAAGCAGAAAUAUUAUCAAGCAAAAAGCGACUUGAGGCCUGUGAUCUAUUAUGUUUUGUGUACGAUACAAGUGAUGUCAAUUCUUUCGAAUAUUUGGCAAACCUAAGGGAAAAGUACAAAUUGGAUCAUGUUCCUGUUGUGUUUGUAGCAACAAAAUGUGAAUUGGAUUUAGUGACUCAACGAUAUGAAGUACAGCCGGAUAUUUAUUGUCGUCAAUUGAAACUCGCUGUACCAUUGAAUGUGUCUGUCAAGGAACAUCAAAUGGCCGAUUUGUAUCAUAUUCUUACAGGUGUUGCCAUGAAUCCAUCUAUUGCUACUCCUGGAUCUCUUAAACAGAAAAAUGAAGAAGCAUGGUUACCUCGUCAUUAUAUUACCCUAUCCUUGGUAGCUGGUGCGGUUAUACUGACAAGUCUUGCUGGAUACAAACUACUGAAACAACAUACAAAUACAUUUGGUCCACAACAUGUUGCCUCUGCUGCCUCAAAAAAACGGGAUUACUUAUAAUACUCUUUUUUUUUGUAGUUUAUGUUUUUUUAUUUUAUUUUUAUUAUUUUUUAUUCCUUUGUUGGUGUUAUGCGGUUGUAUUUUUAUGUUCUAUAUAUACAUAUCUUCUUUUUGUCUUAUUUCUCCCCUCUUUCUCAUUCUUGUUAUUACUGUUGAUGACAUUGUUUAAUAAACAGAUGACAACGAUUUCUACAGU